AUGACUAAGGCGACUGCUCCACUCCACUUUGCAAUCCGCAACGCGAAGAUUCCUCGCCCAGAGUCGGAGCCUUCCAUCAAGCCCUUGCCUGCCUUCCAGACAUCAUCCCGAUCCUCAAUUCCACGUAGACUCGCCAACAUGUCCGGACUCGCCGACGCUGAUCAGAAAGAGCUGCAGACGUUCCUCGACGCCGAGCAGGCCAAGGCUCGCGUGCAGUCGUCGAUCCACACGUUCACAGACCGAUGCUGGGACCAGUGCAUCAAGUCGUCCAUCGGCUCCAGCUUCGGCAGGGGCGAGGAGGCUUGCCUGAGCAACUGCGUCGAACGCUUCCUGGAUACCUCCUUGUUCAUCGUCAACAAGCUGCAGGAACAGCGAGGACAGAUGUCGUGA